AUGUCGGCCCUCACUGCGACUGCCACUCCGGGCAGCGCCUACCACCCCCCCGACAAACUCAAAGACCAAGCAGCUUCUGCAGCUCUAUACAGCACUCAAGAAACCCCUUCCAAGCAGAGUAGCACCUCUGUUCUCGAUGACGACGGCCGCCUGUCUUCCGCAAGUGCCGCGCUGUCCCUAAAAUACGCCCGCGCUGACGAACUGCCCUCCUACCCUUCGACCGGAGGCGUCAAACUAGCCUCAGCAGGAGCUGCUGCAAGUCUCGCCGAUUCGAACAAGAAGCAAUUUGAGCACUGGAAACCAGGGCCGAGCCACGCCGCAAACCAAGCAGCAUACAGAGCAAAGGAUUACGAGCUGGACGCAGCGUGGAAGCCAGAACUCAGCCAGGCCGGGUCACAGGCUGCAAUGGCUGCUCACAAAGAUAGCGCCCCGGUUGAUGUCUGGACGGCGCCUGAGACAGAGCACGGUGCCUCUGCUGCUUCUUCCGCUCAUCACAACCAGAAAUCCCCUCCAGCAAUCACAGAGAGACAGGUCUCGACCGACGGUCGACAGAAGGCGCUUUUGGCAGCUACGAUGUCAAUGUCAAGAGGCAGACGUCGAGCCGAAUCUGCUCCGAUCAAACCGUUGACACCUUCACCGGCAGCAGGCAGUGCUGGCUGGGCUUUGAAGGCGGCCGAAUCUUCGCACCGAAGAAAACCUUCCGACCCUCCUCCGCGUGUCACUAGCGACUCGCCAAGUUUUAACGCGGCUAGGGUUCAAAAUAUGGCUCAGAACAAUAUUUCCCGGCAGAUGUACACCUCGAACCCCCCGGUAGCGAUCGAAGUCGAGGAGAGGAACCGGCAAGAUACACUGCGGGCUUCUGCACUGGCCAUGGCAAGGAAGAUGUAUGCCAUUCAACAGAGCCAGAUCGACGAGGCUAAGGGCGUUCACCGUUCAGAUAGUCACUUUGCCGCCUAUACAGCCCGGAGACGGGCUCAAUCAGAUGCCGCGAACUCGGUGCAGGAUGAACCAGCACCAAGGUAUGAGAAUUUGGAAGAAGCUGCGCGGAAAUUAGCGCAUGAACGACUAGCUAAACUGCAUGAUGAACAUGCGGAAUAUCGGCAGUAUUAUGGGCAACAAACGCCUCCACGGACCAGAGUCACCUUACGGCGCGGUCGCCGAACCUCUAGCCUGCAGGAAGACAGUGAUUCUGAUGAAGAACAGUCGCGGAAAAUCCGGGCGCAAAUGUCAUUAUUCCAAGGAAAAUUGGCCGACGUGGACAAUAAGAAGCGACAAGCUGACAGAGAUGCACUCUUGGCCAUUGCCCAUAAGAACGUGACGGCCCGAAUGAAUGCACUCGACGAAAAGAUGUUUUCGGAGACUGGCAAGACUACUCCGCAGCAACGAGAAAUCUGGGAACGCCAAGCACGGGAGCGAGCCCAGAGAGAAAGCGACGAGAGACUGAUUCAUGCAGGCAAAGUUCACAUUGGAGGUGGAAAGUACCUCGAACAGUCCGAGAUCGACGAAAUUGCAAAAGCCAGAGUGCAGCCGACACUGGACGAAAUCACGGAGAAGGCAGAGCAACAACGAGCCAGAGACGCAGAGAUCAGGCUCGAACAAGAACGGCUCAAGGCCGAACAGGCGACUGAAAAGCAACGACAGGCUGAAGUCAAGACUGAGCAAAAGGCAGCCGCGGACCGUGAGAAGGCUGAAGCAAAAGCCCAAAAGGCAGAAGAGCGACGGGCCCAGCACGAACAGAAAGUUGCCGAGAAGAGAGCACGAGAAGAGGCCCGAGCGGAUAGGGAAGAAAAGAAGCAGCCAGGAGGGGUCAAACCUCGCUUGCUUCCCAGCUUCCUUUCGAGGGGCCACCCGGCAGUUGGCGCCGCGGAUGAAGCUACUGUGGGAAUCGCCCCAGCUGCUGCCACCGUCGCAACUGUGGGAGAGGAGCCAAUAGGUGGCACGGUACAUGACGCCGUCACUCUGGACCCUGGCGAAGCUGCUCACGCUGUGGCGGCUGGCGACGAAGAAGGCGCUACAACGCGGAAAGAUCCAACAGAAGAAACACCCGCAGCAGAGGCGCAUUCGGGUGCGAUCGAUGACACACCUGCUCCCUUAUAUUCGGGUGACGAUCAGCCUCAGGAACCCGCAUCACCGACAGCUCCAACUUCCCCAUCCAAACGAGAUUCGAGGGUUAAAUCCUGGUUUAGGAAAAUCAGGGGUGGAAGCAAAGCAGAGCAUGACUUCACUGACAAGCCUGAACUGGCCGAAACGCAACAGGACCUUCAUGCCGCUAACGCUACUGCGGAACCAGUAAAGGUUACCGAUGAAGACGACAAGCCAAGAUCCGAGUCUGUACGUGAUGUUGCUCUUGCCGGUCGAGGCGAUGAUGAGACCGAGGAUAUGUAUGAUGCAUCGCCCAGACCAGAGAGCCGAAUCCCGCAAAUCCAAGACGGGCCGGUCGCCCCAGGAGUUGCAGUGGCAGGACCUGGUCCGGCAGUGGUGGAAGGCGGUCACAAGGCUGGUUCGACCAGUUUCCGAUCAGACAGCUCUGAGUUGAGUGAGGAGCCGUACGUGAUUGCCGCUGAUGUGGCUUCAUCAAGGUAUUCUGCCGAACCCGGAUCGAAGCGCGAUUCCGGAGCUGAUCAGUUAGGCACGCUGUCGGAUACUGAUUCGGAACCUCGAGGAAGGAAAGGCUUUCGCGAGAGAUUUUUGAAGAAGGUAAUCCCGGGCAGCCACAGCCACAAGGAUAAGCAGAAGCCAACUACCGACGGCACGGCAGCGGCUGGGUCGAUCGUCCCUAUAUCAGAGAACCCAGCGCAAUCUGAAGGAGAACCGCCAAAUGAAGCACAUGCGAACCCCGACCUUGGGGUCUUGUCCGAGACAGAACCGCUCCGAGAAAAGUUGCAAGACCCAUCCACGGCAGAGAGCACGACUACAGGAGCGACGACACCCGCUUUGACCCAAGCACAGACAAACGAUAACGACGAUGAUGAAGAUUUCGAAGAGGCUCGCGAUACGUUUGACGAGCAGCGCCUAGGAACACCGCCCAAGCUGGUGGACGUGGCAGCCGCAAAGACUGAGACACCACGUUUGAUCGAAGUCGGAAGUCCGUUGAACAAGAAAUUAAGCACAAGCCCUGCAGGAAGUCGCGGCAGCCACAACACGGGAGGCCGCGAAGGGAGUCGGUUUACGGAGGAGCUAUAG